UGAAAUUCCCCAUUUUCAGAAGUGCAUAGUUUAGCUGGUGGUGAUAGAAUACUUCCUUUUUCUGCUGUUUUUUUACGAAUGUCAUCAAACCUCUUCAAGAUGACCUCACCAUUAGCGCCGCUCUAUGCAGGCAUGUCUGACGGUUUACUGCGGAACUGGUAUCUUCCUGAUCGACUCCCACCAUUCCAGCAGUUCCUGACAGGAGCCCUUGGUCCCAAACGUAGCGUUUUGCCCCGAAUCGGCAGAAGUGUUACUGACGCUGGCAAAUUGGCUGUCGGCGAAAUGUCUGACAAAUUCCAAGUCAUCGUGAAUGUGAGUCAUUUCAAGCCCGAGGAGGUCAGCGUGAAGGUCAUUGACAAGUACAUUGUUAUUCAUGGCAAACACGAGGAGAAAGCUGAUGAGCAUGGCUUCGUCAUGCGUGAGUUCACUCGAAAAUACUUGCUGCCAGAAAGUGUGGAUGAAGAGAAGCUGACAUCUACUGUGAGCAAGAAUGGAAUUCUGAUCGUGCAAGCUCCACUGAAGGUGGUGGAACCGCCAGCUAGCAACGUAAAAGUGGUGCCUAUCACCAUCGAAACACCUAACCAAGAUUAUAAAACGACACAGUAACACUGCCUGUGAUUUCUGUAAAGUCGUAUUUCUCAUGUUUGAGUCAUAAGUAUGUUGAGACGCUCUUAGUACUUUUGUUUCAGCGAGCUGUCUGCACUAACUGAAUUAUUCCUGUAAGUUUUACUGUGUUUUGUCACUUUACAACUUUAAUCUAGAAAAAUAACGUUAAUAAAUCGUUGAAGUUUAACAUU